CAAAUUGUGGCGAAAAUAGUUUCUAGGACACCAUACGGUAAUCAUGGCUUUGACGAGAAGAAAACGUGGACGAUCUCAGAGGAAAACGGAAGAGAAAAUAACACAAAACAGGCGAUCUGUGGGAUCAGAAGAAGUGCAGGAGAAUAUUCCAACAUCAUCCCUUUCCAAGAAUGUUGAUAAUGAAAAGGGUUUAGAAACUGGAGAGAGUGCAGACGAGUUUGUUCACAGCUCGGACGGAGCAGCAGCAGGAAGCAGCGGAACAAUGACUGUGUUAGUACCCGAAACUCCGGGGGAGCAGAAUGAUGGACCAGCGGUGGAAGAAUUGAGCGACGAUUCUGACACAUCAAAUGACUCUUUCCCUCAGUUUGUCAUCGACUCCAAGCCAGAUCUGCGAUUGAAUAUGGAGGAAAGUGACUUAGAAAAUGACAACAAUGACUCAGAUCCGGGAUUCACAUUUGUGAUAGAUAAAAUUGGAAGCUCAUCAAAAUUUAGUCACAUGCGAAUUGAUGAAGCAAAUGAAUCUGACUCAGAGAAUUUGAAAGAUGGUGAAAAGUCAUCAUUAAAAGAGGGCUCAAUGAAGAAAAGUAAAGAACAAGAAACAAGAAAGCAGAAACAUUCACAAGAAAAGAAAAGCUUACCAUCAUUAGAUGCCCCGUGUGAGAUUGAUGUUGGAAUGGAUCUUGGAGACUGUUAUAUUAACCUUGAUGGAGAGGAUGCUAUGUCAAGCAAGACGGCUGUUGAGAAUAUACUUCUGAAGAGUCGGAAAGAUGAGCUGAUAAAGAAGAGUGUGUUGACUCCAGAUUUUGAGAAGAAGCAUAGUAUACCGCCGUACAAGGUUGGGAUCAGACAGCUCAAGAAACAGAGGAAGAAAGAGCGAGAGUCAACCAAAGGAGAUGGAUGGUUUGAUAUGAAAGCUCCUGAGAUGACCGAGGAGCUCCGUAAUGACCUCAAGAUCAUUAAGAUGAGAUCGAUCCUUGAUCCCAAGAGGUUCUACAAAGGCAAUGAUAUGCCAGCCAUUCCUAAAUUUGUCCAGGUUGGUACAGUAGUAGACAGCCCUGUUGACUUCUACCAUUCUCGUGUGCCAAAGAAACAAAGGAAACAAACUCUGGUGGAUGAAUUACUUGCUGAUUCAGACACAAGAAGAUACAACAAGAGGAAGUAUAUAGAGCUACAAGAGAAGAUUAACUCCAUCCCUAAAGGUCAAAAGAAGCACAAGUUUGGCAAGAAGAAGGAUGGCAAGAAGAGAUAACAUACUUUAUACCAUUGAAGAGCUUCAUUAUAUGUAGAAAGUCUUAUCUAAAGAUUGGUGAUUGAAUGAAGAGUUGAGUUCUGGGGAAAGUGAAAGAUAAUUCUAAGCUUUUGCAAUGAAUUUUUUAAUGAUAUCUUAGUACUUUGGAGAAAAUUAAUUAUUCAACCUUGUAGAUCACACACUACUGUUAUACCAUUUUUUUCAGCGCUGGCACGAUUUUCGGCCGGAAUCUCAAGGGGGGGGGGUGUUAAGUAACCCAUGUUCAUCAUAUAUGUAGCUUUUUUUUUGGAUGGAUUUAGCAUUGGACUCAUGAUUGAAAAGUUGUGAGUUCAACUCCCACCUCUGCCAUUUUAUCCUUUUUAACCAAAAAGGCCCAAGAGUAAUAUCUGUCAUCUACAAAGGUCAGUCACUAUGACUGAUUAAUCUAGACAUAAAAUGUUUCAUAUGAACCCCUCAAAAAAAGUUUGGAAAUCUGAGUUUGGCCAUUGAUUUACACAAUGCAUAUUUGAUAUAAUUCAAAAGACCAUUUAAUUCCCUUUAAAAUGAUACCAUGCUUGUUAUGAUCAUGCCAUCAUGAAAUAGCAGGAUUCAAAAGUGUUGGAUGAGGU